GAACUGCGAGCAGUUAUUCCGCAACUGUCGACAACUAACUCAGAAUGAAAUUGUUGAUAUUGUUAACACUAUGCGCGCUCGCCGCGGCAUUACCGAAGUCACGAAAAGAAGUUCAUUAUGAGUCGCUGUCUGAGUUGUCAACUAGUGAACGAAACUUUUUGAUCAACUUGCUCAUUCGUCAGCUGAUCGAAUAUGUUCGUAAUGUGAUUAAGAACGGCUCUGACUUGUUCGGCCUGCCGCCCCUGGAUCCCCUCGAUUUGGAAAGUUUCCGUCUGCAAAUACCAGCUGGGAUAGCCAAUUUAGAUCUCGAUCUUCAAAAGAUCUUCAUGACCGGCCUGGGUGGUUUCGUGGUACACAAGAGCGAACUUAUCUUGCGAGAUCUUAGCUUUGAAAUCGAUUUAUCCGUGCCUAAACUGGAUAUAAGUACCGAAAUCUACGAUUUCACCGGCGAUUUAUUUGAUGCAAUCCCGCUUUAUGGCAAGGGGAAUGCCGCAUUCCAGAUAGAAGAAUUUCGUUUACGGGCAAAAAUCUACCUUAAACAAUCGGACAACGAAAAAUCUAUUAUCAUUGACAGAAUCGAAAAUGCAACUUUUGAACUUCCAUCUUUUAAGUCAAAUGUCGCUGGAGCUAUCGGAGGUGGUGACAUCGACGUUAUAGUGAAUGCAGUGAUCCAGGAGGUCGUCGUCGAUUACAUCAACCGUUUCCGAGGAGCCAUCUCCAACUUUGGUUCAGAAUUUGUUGUCGAUAUCGCCAACCCCUACCUCAACCAGCUAGAUACUUGGAGGUUUAUCGAGAGACUGCUUUAAUUGUACUUUUAAAUAAAAAUAUUUUUUUGUUGA